GGCACGUAUUUCUUUGAUGCGAUCUUUUAGUGUUAAGGCUGCGUUUUUCAUCGCAAUUUCGGUCAAUUCUCACCCCAAACUUGCAUUUGCUGCCCUGCACGACACUUCAAAUCGCCAUUGCGACGCGAAAUUCUCAGACGCGAAAUCACUAUCACCCCAUCCAUUGAAGAAUCACGGGACUCUCCUCUCGCGAACUGGAUCUGACGACUGGAACACCAUGACCUCCCAACGGGUCACGAUCAAGGGCUCUGCCGCAGUGCCAGGCAUCUACCGACUCAUCAUUAUGACCCUUGAGCCAAUCUUCGCGCUACUCGGCGCCGUCAUGGUCCUCCACACACCGAAUCAAUACCUCGCCGGAAUGACGCGCAACGCCUUCGCAUACGAACCCAACACGCAGUUCAUCUACACGCAGCUUGGCGGCGGCUGGCUGCAUUUCGCCUUCACCGAGGGCGUGGUCAUGCGGGUAUUUGACGACCUCACUCUCUGGCGCGUUCUCUGUGCGGGUAUGCUUCUGAGCGACGCCGCUUUCUGCCACGGUACUGCGCAAGCCGUCGGGGGCUGGGAGAUUUGGCUGGACAGAUCCACGUGGACUGUCGAGGACUACGUUGCUUUCUUCACGACGGCGCCGAUGGUCUUGGUUCGGAUCCUGAUUGUCCUGGGUAUUGGCAUCAGCACACCGAAGGAGGCAAAGGGCAAGGAGAACGAGAAGCAGCUUUAGAGAGAUUUGGACCGGGUACUAUGAAGUCUAUGGGACGAUGCCGCUAGGCAUACUUGCUGUAUAAGAUUAGCAUGCAAUUCCACCUUCAGGGUAUGCAAAUUCUGCAUCUAGGAACAGAUUUGUAGGACUACUUCCAGCGAAUAAAAUUGAAAAGACCUGC